GAGGCAGGAUGGUGAGGAGGGGGGAAAUGUUGGAUGAAAUCCCCAAGAUGCCCGACUUCCUGGUGGCCCUGCGGCCCCACACCGUGUGGGAGAAGACUCCGGUCAAGUUGUUCUGCACCGUGCAGGGAAACCCGAGGCCCAUCGUCAAAUGGUACAAAGGAGGAGCGCCCGUCGACCCGCUGAGCGUCCCAGGAAAGUACAAGAUUGAAAACAAGUAUGGAGUCCACAGUCUGAUCAUUAGCAG